GUGGCGAUAUGGCGCAGAGUAUUGCAAUUCUUUCUGUGAUUCCUAGGUUAUCUUACCAUCUCCGAAUGCAACUUCCAAACUUAACAAUAUUUGAUGUUUUGCCAGAUAAAAAUGAUACAUUAUCAAAAUUACAAGCUGCAGAUAUACUUAUAACUGAUUGUAAUUUAUUUUUACCAUAUAUGGAUAAGUUACCAUCUGUAAAGUGGGUACAAACAACAUGGGCUGGUGUUGAAGCAUUAAAUUUGAAAAAUAAGAAAAUUAAUUAUACUCUUACACGUUUCUCAGACAAAGCAUUUGGUUUAGCUAUGUCUGAAUAUGUAAUAGCACAUAUAUUUAAUUUUGAACGUAAUCAAAAACAACAAUAUCAAAAUCAGAAAAAUAAACAGUGGAUGAAAGAUGGUAAAAUUUUUAAUCACAGACUUAUUUGUGAUUUGUCUGUGGGAAUUUUAGGUUUAGGAAAUAUUGGAAAAUCAAUUGCAGAAAAAUUAAAAAUAUUUGGGGCCACUGUUUGGGGUAUCACCAGAACAUCGCUUAAAGAAAAGUUAGAUUAUCUUGAUGAACACAGAACAAUUGCAUAUUUGUCUGAAAUAUUAACACACUGUGAUUACAUUAUUAAUGUUCUGCCAUCUACACCUAAUACUAUAGGUUUAUUAAAUGGAAAUGUAUUACAAAAUUGUAGAAAUCGAGGCAGUGUCUUUAUCAACAUAGGUCGUGGUACAAUAAUUAAAGAUUCAGAUUUAUUAAAUGCUCUUGAGCAACAAUGGAUUUCAGGAGCAAUCUUAGAUGUUUUUGUAGAAGAACCAUUAUCAAAAGAAAGUAAAUUAUGGACAUUACCACAGGUUACCAUUUCACCACAUAUCUCAGGUGUAACUCGUGCACAAGAUGUUGUAAGAUUUUUUAUUCAGAAUUAUCAAAAAUAUAUUAAAGGAGAAACAUUAUUAAAUGUAAUAAAUUUAGAAGAAGGUUAUUAA